UGUUUCGUUUCCUAUCGGAGUUCGUGUACCCUGUCAAUCUCCUCCUGCGUAGCUUGCCCAUGCGGCUUAGCGCCGCAGCUGUACAUGCCGUAACAUGCGUGCACGCAUGCAUCAAGCGCAGGCAGGAGCGACGGAGAGUGAAGGCAAUGGCACCCUGCAGCCAGUCCUUCUUUCCUUCCCCUUCCUAUUUUCUUCUCGCGCUGCUUACCCAAGCACUUACAGUGUCUACGACUCUACGUUGUCGUCGCCGCUCAUGACCAUCACUCCACCACUCCCUGAUUCAAUCAACUCCCAGGUACCAUCUACCGACCCCAGCCACACCAACUACCCUUCCAUCCAUCCAUCAUCCAUCUUGCCAUUGCUUGCAUCGCUUAACCGUCUGCUCUACUCCACUGCCCCAAUGAGCUUGUCUCUGCCGAUCAUUGCCCGGGCCCUGUGCCGGCCGCUGAUCCACCACCCCAAAAUGUCCAUCCGUUUCAUCCCCCUGCUUUUUGAAACAAGCAAUCCACCCAAUCCAAUCCACCAGCCAGACCUCUAUUUGCUACAGUCGCUGCUUCUGCUAUUGCUGCUAUUGCUGCUGCUGCUGCUGCUGCUGCCAACUGCCAUGUUGUACAAGUACUUGAUCAAGGGAAGCUCCCAGCACCAUCUCUUCCGCUUCAUCUCCAAGCUCGCACACUACCCCAACGCCCCCAUUUGUUUCUGCAAUUAGUAUCUGGCGUACGCGGCCACUGACAAAGCAGCCUUCAUUUACCAUCAAUAGGCUCGUCAACUCCACUACCACUCCACUCUGCUCUCUUUAUUCCCGAUGCCAUACUUCCGAGCAACACCGUCCAGAAUUGUGCAUACACGUACAGUGCCACGGAACUGGAACAAACGCCCGAGUAUCCACCUACUACGCCUCUACUGAUCUCGCAGGAUGAGAUUGGGGACAAAGAAGAAGAGAAACCAAAAAAAGAACUCCCAUCUCACAUAAGCCUUCCCACCUUCUUCACCACCACAUGCCAAUCUCCUAGUCCACUUCAGAAUCCAUCUAGAAUCCAAAGCAGACUGGCCGAUCUUCAGUCUCAUCGAUCACAUCUCUUUCUUAUUUCUCUUGAUCCUGUUCUGCCACCCAAAAAAAAAACUACCCUCAAUCCUUCCUCCGUUCGUCAUCAUUCUUUCCGACCCCACAUAUGCACAGAACCUCCCCUUCCCCUGUCCAUUCAUCGUGGCUGUGCAGCG